AUGUCAGGAAACAAGAUCGAAAAGAUCAUAGCGCGGCUGCAGAAGCGCAUCGCCGAGGGUCAGUUCGAGGAGCAGUACGAGGCGGCGCAGGAGACGCGGCUGGUGGCGGCGCGCUACACCAAGCAGCAGAACUGGGCGGCCGCCGUUGACAUACUGUCCAAUGUAGCGCAGACACUGCUGCGGGCGGGCCAGGGCGGCAGCGGCGGGGACCUGGCCGUCCUGCUGGUCGACGUGUACCGUCAGGCCGAGCAGCGACCCGACGGCGCGUCCAAGGGCAAGCUGCUCACAUGCCUGCGCCUGUUCAACCCGGAGGAGCCCAUGAGGAAGAAAUAUAUCAAGGAAAUGAUUGAGUGGUCAAAGAAGUUCGGCGACUAUCCGGCCGGCGAUCCGGAGCUGCACCAUGUUGUCGGCUCGCUCUACGCCGAAGAGCACGACGCCGAGGAUGCCGAGCGACACCUAAUACUAGGCACCAAGGAGUCCCCCGAGGUGCUCAGCCGCAUGGAGUAUACAUGGUACAAGGAGGAUGAGUCGCACACAGCACCUCUCUACUGCGCGCGCGCCGUCCUCCCUUAUCUGCUCGUGGCAAACGUCCGCGCCGCCAAUGCGUCAUACCGAACCUUUGUCAGCACCCUCGUUGCCGACAACAAGAGCCUGGGGGUGCAGGACGUCAGUUCGCAGAGCUCCGACGUGCGUAUCUUCCCAAGCCUACCUCUGCUUAACUUCCUCGGCUUGCUCCUCCUUGCCGUUCAAAAGGGCAGCCCCGACCUGUUCCGACAGCUGCGCUCCAAGUACGCGGCCAAUAUUGCUGAGCUCGGCGGGGUCUGGGACACGGCGCUCGAGAUGAUUGCCGAGAUGUACUUUGGUAUCCAGCGGCCGAGGCAAAGCAAUCCGCUGCUCGAUAUGAUGGGUAGCUUCUUUGGUGGUGGUGGUGGUGCUCCCAGCGGGCCGGCGCCUCGUCGGGUUGAGGCGCCAGCGGCGGAAGGCUUGGAUUGA